UACCUACCCAUCUUCAAGAAGCAAAUCGAGCCAAGUAACCAGCCAUGACCAUGAAGAUGAAGAUGCAGAGGUGUCUUAGCGCAAACAUCCUGCUGAUGCUUUCGCUCGAGGGAGCCCUCCUCGUCGCCGGCAACCCCUCCGCCGCUGCCACCAUUCGCCUCCCGAGCGACACCCAAGUAGCACCGGCGCCGGCAAGGCCGUGGAAGUGCUGCGACCUGGCGCCGUGCACCAGGUCGAUCCCGCCGAUCUGCCACUGCGCCGACGAGGUGGAGCAGUGCGACGCCGCGUGCAAGAGCUGCGUGCCGUCCACGGCGCACCCGUCCCUCUUCGUCUGCAACGACAGAUUACAACGCAUACACACGGCAACAACCAGAAGGGUCGAGAGAGAGAACACGUAACCAAGCACAAAUGCAGAACAGCCCUCAAAGAAACAGAAAAUACAAAGAAACCCAAGGGACUAUCUGCAACCUCCGUCUCCGCCGCUUGCCAUCGAUGGACAUGAAGAAGCGCGAUCGCCCAGACGGGCUUUGGACUGUCCCCAUACUCCUCGACAGCCGGAGCCGCCGCUUGCCAUCGACGUCGUCGAGGCCGAACGCCAGGUCCACCACCAAGAUGCCACCGACCCAGUACUUGGAUCACCAACUCCACUCGCCCACCAACAGCUCGGAAAGCCGCCGGCCAAACCUCCUGUACAAAGCAUCCCCGAGGAGGAGGAUGCACCGCAGAUCCGCCGUCACGGACAGCUUCCGCAUCCCAGAGCCCGGCCACCAAGGACGAACUGAGGAAGAGAAGAAGCCCUCUGAAACUGAGAUCUACAUUAUUUGGAAACCUAUCUAAAUUCCACUGGACCUCCCUCCCUCCCACCGCCGGCCACCGUGGCCGCCGGAGGCAAGGGGGAGAGAGGCCAGGAACGAAGGGGAAGAGAGGGUUCCUCAAGGGAGAGAGAAGGAGCGGGUAUCCACCACGAAACGGAGAGAACUACUAUAGUACCAAGGAUUUUUCGUUGCGCGCGAACGG